AUGUUAGGUCCCGCUCAGUACAUCAACCCGGAUUACGUUCAGCCACUGCCAACCUCGUCGACAACACAGCCAACAACACUCAACAACAACAAAAACGACUUACUUUCGCUCUAUAGAAACUCUUUCUACAAUCACUUCCACCCCACAAAACUUCCAGAAGAUUAUUUUAACCCAAUGUACCCACCUUUCUCAAAAAUAUCGCCCAGUGCCGCAGCCGUUUCAGCGACAGCUUCCCCAACGUCUACAUUCAAAUCUCAGCAAGAAAUGUUACAGGCAGCCCUUGCCUACAGUUACUCACCCUGGCUCCUGGCGGGGCAAUCCCCAUUCCUACCCAUGUCCCCCUUCGAUCCUUUCCUGCUGUCGGCAGCUGCACUCUCAGCUCAGCAGCAACAGCAGCAACACAAACAUUUGUUGAUGCAACAUUUACAACAACAGCAACAUUUAGGAGCGCUAACUGGUCAGAAAAAUUUUGAUUACAGUAAUGACGAAGCGGCCGUCAACCUGUCCCCCUCUCAUUCAACACCAUCUCCAAAGAUCAACAACAAAUCAAACCACAGCCAAAAAAGUAGUCCAAACAACAACAAAAAUGAACAAAACACAGCAAACAACCACAACAACACAAUAAAUAGCACCAAGAAGAGGCCAGUAAGUCCUGCCUCUUCUUCGAACCACGGCAAACGUUCUCCGACCGGCAGCCUCAACAAACCAUUCCCAUGCAACUGGUUACAACCGGGCAGUGAUUUCUGCGGGCGCAGGUUUGAAUCCUACGAAGAAUUGUUGGAACAUUUGAAGACUCAUGUUGCCGAAACAACACCUUCCAUUCCAACAAAUGUUGAUAGUUUUAAAAACGACCUGGCCACACUGCCGUUGUUGAAAUCUAGUCACGCGCCAACGGCAACAUCAUCACCACCUUACGAAGAUAGUAAAUUAUUUCCGCCUCAUCUCUUUCCGUUCCUCUUCAGCUCCACCCACCAAUCAAACCCUUACUCGAGUUUCGUUGGAGCGGGUCUUUACCUACAACAGCAACAACAAUUCCAGCAACAACAAUUGCAUCAACAACUGCAACAACAACAUCAGCAACAUUCACCAAGAUCGUCAUCUUCACCAUCGUCCCAUCAUUCGCCCACCAAUAGAUUCCACCCAUACAAACCAUCAGCUGCUCUAGCAUCCUCCUCCUCCUCCUCCUCCUCCGCAUCAUCAUCAUCAUCAUCAUCAUCAGCCUCUUCAUCGUCAUUAUCCUCAUCUUCCAUUCCUUCAUCUCUUUUUCAAUCUUUGAUGCCGACGCUCAUGCCACUCAACACGAUAACUCCGCCCUCUCUGAUGACGUCAUCAAGUUAUGGUGGGGUCCCGUUUCCGCCAAUGGUUUUACCGCAGAGGUGCAAUGAGACCGCAUCGUGA